CCGUGAGCGCAACACUUCGAAAAUCGAGCGAUACUGACGGAAACUGCGAACGAGACGCGAACAUUGCACGAGACCGAGUGCCGGUUUUGGUAUUUAUACGAGAGGGGUAGGCACGAGAGAGACGGGAGUUCGAGCGACCCGAGCGGAGGAGCGAGCGCGUUGACCAGCGGCCGACAGGAGGGGGAGGACCGCACCGGUGCCGAUUAUCAACUAGGGUGAACCAGCGGAACUCUGGCGUUUGGCGAACACAGCAGUACAGAGCAAGGAGCGAUACCGGGAAAACAAUACCGUCCCGAGGAGAUCCCGGCUAAAAGAAAUGGCGUGCUAAUCAAGGCCGCGAGCACAUCAUCGUUGGCCAAGGUGUUUCGAGACAAUGUCAACAAUAAGAGCUGUCGACGCCUGAUUGGUAAAGAUCUGGGAUUCUAGCCGAGGAGAGAAGCGACGAAGAGGGAUCGUCAAAGGAUUCGAAAUCCGAGAGGAACGGCCGAUCCAGUAGUUUAACUGCAACCGUUCCGACGGGAAGACCAGCCGUGAAAUUACCGCCGUGAUCGAGUCGCGAAUCUAUCGAGAGCGAAGGAACGAGUAGACGGACGAGUGCGUUAGCAGGAAAGCGAAGACCGCACCGAGACCGGCCAUCUGCAGGGCGAAGCCUCUGAUACGGUCGGACUUCGCGCUCUUCGACGACGAGGAAGCGGCAAUACUACCGCCGCCGAAGCCGCCGAGCAGCACACCAGAACCGCCAAAGAUGACGUCGGAAACGCUGCCUUCGAACAACCGGCUGCCGACACCAAACCUGCCGUCGAGAGGGACUAAAAUCCAAAGAUUCGGCGCAAUGGCGCAAAGCCAUACUAUUAACGGUUCCCCCUGCACCUGAGCGCCGAGGACGUGCAGCCGGCACAAAACCAACCGGCCAACGACUGAGACCACCACCAGCUCCGAGCCGACAGUCGCCACGACUAGCAGGGCCACCAACAUGACCGGCCGAACAACAGACACCGGUGGUCCUCCGUACCGAACCGCCACCGUUAAAGACCAUCGGCCCGUCACUGCCACUACCAGUUCGUGUGGAAUUCCGGCCAGGACUCUACGCGGACAUACCGCACUUCGCGCAUGUCUCGCGCCGCUUCGAAGGAUCAUCGGGGAGGCUACCCUCAUCUUCGAGGAAACCACGCUGCUAGCCGAAAUGGAGGCUCAUCUGAACUCAAAGUCGCUUCAGGCAAUGACGAACGAUCCCGAAGACCUUUCACCACUCACUCCGGAUCAUUUCCUGAUCGGGGCUCCAAUACUAUCCAUCCCUGAGCCUUUACUAGUCCAUGUGCCGGAUACGAGGCUUUCUCAUUGGAGGCUCCUUCAGAAGAUGCGCGAUUACAUCUGGCAACGUUGGUUCAAGGAAUACCUCACCUCGCUGUUGCCACGUUCCAACUGGAGGAUCCCUGCGGAAUCAGGGAGACGGGACAGCUCUGUCUCGUUCGGUCAGAGAGUGGCACUUGUCCGCGCAGUGACCGUUGGCUCGCAUCCUGCGGGUGCAUCCGGGCCAAUAUGGUCAGAUCCGUAUCGUUACCGUCCACACCGCUAAGAGAGAGUUGAUGAGACUAACCGUGAAGAUCGUUCUGCUUCCUGGAGCCUCACAGAACAACGCAGCGUAAGGCGCACUACAAGGCGGACUAUAAGUGCCUUCCUUUGGGGGUUUUAUUUUUUAUUCCUCAUUCUCAUUAUUAUUUGCUUUUUGUUUCUGUUGUGUCCCUUUACGCUUUGCUAGGUUUUAUUUUUACGUGCUUUGCUUAUAGCAUUUGCCCUUUCACCGCCGGUUACUGCCGUACAGGGUUGGACCCCGUCGGUCGCUCUGUUUCCAGCUCUAGACGCAUCAUCCAGUUCUGGGACGGGCUCAUUUCGUUGGAGCCAACGAAGCGGGCUGGAUGUUGCAGAUCGCUCGACGAAGUACGUUGAGUGAGAGGCUCCGCACCUUGUUUUACUUCGAUAAAACGCACGUACCAGUGGUCACUUGUCAAGCGUUGAGUAUUCGUCGUGCGACUCACGCUAAGAUUAUCGCUUUAUAUAGGUAUUUUCCGUGCCGAAUUCGCCUAGCAACAGCAGCCGGAGCUCAGCCACGAGUGCCGCAGCCGGGCAGUCAGGCUCUAAUGCUUGCCGUAUUCUAACGCUGUCGCUUACACUCGAGUUGCUCGUGUGGCUCUGUUUGCGCUUCUUUGUUUCUUGGCUUCACCAGCUGUAAUCUGCUUGCGCUCCGAUCUCGAAUGCAAGUGUGUGCUCUAGCGAUCUCGUGUGCUGCUCCGUGCACCGCAUUGCAAUAUAGCGGAAUCGCUUCCGCUAGCGUAAUCGGCUCCGUCGGCUGUCUCUUUCUUCGCUGCGUUUUCGAUUGCUUCUUACGUUGCUCGCGUUGUUGUAGUUCGUGCGUGUUCGCUUGAGACUUUUGUUAAAUAAACGCUUGUUAUUCUUUCGUGCUAUAACCUGUGAGCGAUUCUUGCUUGAUCCUUUUUUGCAAUUGCGGAUCCUCGAAUGUCUGAUUGCCGUCGUGCAAUCGCUCGAUCAGCGCUUGGUUCAUCACUUUGCGCGAUCUCGCAAUCGCGCUCUCACAUUACCGCAAAUAGUUUGUUUCCUUUUAAAUCCGGUUUCUUGGGCACGAUCCAUAAGGGAGAAUUAUAUGGAGAAUUAGACGAUCUGAUGACGUCAUUGUUUAAUAGUUCUUGGACGUAUCUGUUUAUUUCUUCCUUGUGGAUCGGCGAAUAACGAUAUUGCUUGGUGUUUAUAAGCUGAUUGUCUGUGAGUUUUAUUUCGAGCAAUAGCACAGUGGUAUAGCUUAUCGCUAGGAAGCUGGAGGCAGCUGGAAAAAUUCGUUAUGUUUGUCGAUGAGUCGUUUAUAUAUAAUCAUAUAUAGGGGAGAGCAAGACACAGAGAACCGCUUAACAUUCUAAGGUUAGUAAAAAAAUUUAUCAGUUAUAGGAAAUGACCUAAAGUUGCUCACCAUAUACCUCCAAGGUUUAUGCAUACGCAGACAAAACGUUAGCUUAAUAACUAUAAGAGAUUUUAUUUUAGACAUUAAAAUUGUUGGAAAGCCCCAAGCACGGGGCACAGAGGACCAUGUAUGAUUUUCUAUAUAUGUAUGAUAAUAUUUCACAUAUCAUACAUAUAAGUAGAAACAGAGUAAU